AUGUUGCGGGAUUUGUUUAUAUCUAAAGCUGUGCGCAAUGUACCAGUGGAUUCUGACUCGUUCUUCAAAAUUUUCUGGAUGUGUUGGAAGUUGAUGGGUAUCGGGAUCGAGUCCAACAAAUGGUACAUCUGGGUCUACGAUAUCAUGGUGAACCUCUUCAUUACCAUAUUUUAUCCGAUACAUCUGACUAUUGGCCUAUUCCUGGUACCAACACUUGCGGAUGUCUUCAAGAAUUUGACCAUAAACAUAACCGAUGUCACCUGCAGCGUAAAACAUUAUCUAUUUCGCUACAAGCUGGGAAAAAUACGCAAACUUCAGGGUCUACUGAAGCAGCUGGAUCAGCGAGUUGUGGCCGAAGAAGAACGCGACUACUUCCACAGAGACAUACGCAUUGCCGUGCGAAACAUUAUGUGCGUUUUUUGCAUCUCUUAUUUCGCCGAUGCGCUGGCCUCCACCGUGGAUGUGUUGACCAAAAAGGAGCGAGAGCUGAUGUACCCAGCUUGGUUUCCAUUCGAUUGGGCCGCAAACAGGUACAGAUAUUACGGUGCGGUCUUCUAUCAGAUCUUCGGCGUGUCCAUGCAGAUCACACAGAAUUUGGCUCACGAUACUUUUGCGCCUAUAAGUUUGUGUGUGAUGUCGGGCCAAGUGCGUUUGUUGGCCAUGCGCGUGUCAAGGAUCGGCUAUGAUAAAUCAAAGUCGCGUUUGACACAUGAGCGUGAGUUGAACGAGUGCAUUGAGGAUCACAAGAUAUUGCUAAGGAGUUUCGACUUGUUGCAAGACAUAUUUUGGUACACUCAAAUGGUGCAAUUCUCCUCGGUUGGGCUGAAUAUUUGCAUGACCGUUGUGUUUAUGCUGCUGUUCGUGGACAAUCUUUUCGGUUACGUCUAUUAUUCGGUCUAUUUUUUCUCCAUGGCUAUAGAGCUGUUGCCAGCCUGCUAUUAUGGCAGUAAAAUGCAGGAGGAGUUUCAAGAUCUGCCCUAUGCAAUUUUCAGAUGCAAUUGGUUGGAGCAACGCAAGAGCUUUCAGCAAAACCUACGAAUCUUCACGGAGCUUUCGAGGAAGCAACUAACGCCCACUGCUGGAGGAAUCAUCAACAUACAUUUGACUUCAUUUGUGGCUACUUGCAAAAGUGCUUACUCACUUUACACUGUGCUAAUGAAUAUGAAGUAGAGUUGUUGUCGUGGAGUGGUAAAUAUGCAAUGUUUUAUUCAACUAUGAGUUGGUGUAGAAAUCGAAUGUAGUUUGCACCGAAUGUAGAUUAAUCAAUAACUUUGUUUCAGCACUUGAAGUAGAAAUAAAAUAAAUG